AUGGCCCUUUCAAAGAACUACACCGAAGAACAGCUGAACUACUUCAGAAUUUGUUAUAUAACCACUGAUAUACUAGCCGAAGGCCUCAGAGAGCUUUUUAAACGUGAAUGGGACAAUCAAUAUAAAUCAACACCAUUGGGAGAAUGGAAAGAUGUGGCCCAGAAUGGAACGGACUUUUACAACGGCGAGUCUCCAAGAAAUCAAAGAAGAAAUGCUCGUCUUUUGGCCACCAUGAUAAAUGGAAACAGAGCGGAAUGGGAUUGCACAAUGCUGUUUUACGCCAUCCUUUACUCUGGUUGUGUCGGGCCCUACCUUGCAUCAACAGUCAGAAACAAUGUGGAUGAUCUUAGAAAAUUUAGAAACGAGGAAUUCGCCCACAUACUACAGGGAAGUCUCCCUGAGAUGGAUUUUCAGAAUGCCGUUGGCAAAGUUCAUGUUGCGUUCCAUGCGCUUGGUCUCUCUACUGUAAAAAUUGAUGAGAUAAAAAAUCAGAAAACUUUCCCAAUGGACGAAUUAGAUAACAUUCUGAAAGAGGUUGACGAUGUUAGACAAGAACUUCAAGAAAAAGAAAACCAGCGCCAGGUUCUUAAAGACCAGCUUCACAAAGAAGCGCCUUCAUUCUGUAUUCUCCCUCCUAAACCUACACACGAAAUUGAAAGCCGUGAAAGAGAAGUAGCAGAAAUAGCACAUCAGCUAAAGGAACUAAAGAAGGCCAACGAGAACAGGUUGAGUUAUCUGUACAUCUCAGGGAAUCCAGGAAGUGGCAAAUCACAACUAGCUGGCCUCGUAGCUGAAAGAUUCUUUGAUGAAGAAAAAGAAAUACCAGGCACUUCCUUUGUGAUGACCAUAAACGCUGCCAGUCAAGAUUCACUUUUGGAGUCAUAUGCCAAUUUUGCUCGUCAGUUAAAGUGCCCAGAAUUUUCAGUGAUGCAAACCUUGAGCUUUAAGGAUUGGAACAUUGAGGACAAGAUCGCCAAUCUCAAGAUGCUUAUUGCUGCAAAAAUGGGGUGUUACACGUCGUGGCUAAUGGUGGUGGACAAUGUGACUAAUCUGACUUUUGUACAUGAUCACCUACCACAGUCUGGAACCGAGACGUGGGCAAGAGGACAGUUGUUAAUUACAACCCAGGAUACAAAGUCCAUCCCAUUAAAAAGCUUUUUCAUCAAUCACAUUUCAGUAAGCCAAGGAAUGAAUCCUUACGAUGCCACUUCCUUAUUGGCCAAGCUUUCUGGGGUGUUCGACAAGGAGCUAGCAGAAAACGUUGCCCGGAAACUGGACUAUCAGCCACUUGCUUUAGCAGGCGCGGCUGUGUUUGUCAAAGACAUUCGACAGGACAAAGCAUCGAAGCACUUUGGCUGGGACGAAUACCUAAAGAUUUUACAAAAAGGAAAACGAGAAACGACCGAGGAUACCCUUGCUGACACCAACCCAAUUUAUCCAAAUACGAUGACUACAGCAAUAACGUUAGCUGUCGAAGCACUAGUCAAAUCCGACAAGAUUUUUGAACACGUAAUCAGAUUUCUUUCCCUGUGCGCACCACAACCAUUAAACGUUGACAUAGCGGUUAGUUACCUUUUAAAGGUUCUCGAACACGAUGAUAAAGAGGACAAGGAACAGAUUCGCAGGAGAUUCAGAAGAUGUUCACUGCUUCUUUUAGAGGAAGAAGGAGAUAGUUGCUGCUACAUUCGUGUACAUCAGGUUGUGCACGACGCAAUGAAAUGGGUGAUGAGUGAAUGUACAGAGAAUCAAACGAUCAACGUUGUAAGUGAAGCUGUUACAUCGUUUAACAAAUUUAUAGUCACAAUUCCACACGAAAAUAGAACAAUGGAGACCAUGCACAUCAUUCCGCACGUAAGUGCCCUUAUUGGACCAAUUAAUGCAGUUAUUAUGGCAGAAAAUAUGUCUCAAGUCCAUGUUCGGGACAUUUCUGAAAAAUUGUCGAAUCUUGGCGACAUAUGUAAAAUGCACUCUGAAUUCAACGUGGCAAAGACAUACUUGGAAAAUUCUCUCGCUCUUCGCAUCAGGCUGCUGGGUGACCAAAAUGUCGAUGUUGCAUCCGGGUACAAUAACUUAGCUUUAGUUUACAUGGCCUUAGGUGACCUUGAACAAGCAAAGGAGUAUCAGCAACGUGGUUUAGCCAUCCAACUCAAGAAGCUUGGUGCUGAACAUGUUUCUGUUGCAACAAGCUACGGUAACCUAGCUUUAAUUCACAAGGACUUAGGUGACCCUGAACAAGCAAAGGAGUAUCAGCAACGUGGUUUAGCCAUCCAACUCAAGAAGCUUGGUGCUGAACAUGUUUCUGUUGCAACAAGCUACGGUAACCUAGCUUUAAUUCACCAGGACUUAGGUGACCGUGAACAAGCAAAGGAGUAUCAGCAACGUGGUUUAGCCAUCAAACUCAAGAAGCUUGGUGCUGAACAUGUUUCUGUUGCAACAAGCUACGGUAACCUAGCUUUAAUUCACAAGGACUUAGGUGACCUUGAACAAGCAAAGGAGUAUCAGCAACGUGGUUUCGCCAUCAAACUCAAGAACCUUGGUGCUGAACAUGUUUCUGUUGCAACAAGCUACUGUAACCUAGCUUUAAUUCACCAGGACUUAGGUGACCUUGAACAAGCAAAGGAGUAUCAGCAACGUGGUUUAGCCACCGACAUCAAGAAGCUUGGUGCUGAACAUGUUUCUGUUGCAACAAGCUACGGUAACCUAGCUUUAAUUCACCAGGACUUAGGUGACCUUGAACAAGCAAAGGAGUAUCAGCAACGUGGUUUAGCCAUCCAACUCAAGAAGCUUGGUGCUGAACAUGUUUCUGUUGCAACAAGCUACGGUAACCUAGCUGCAAUUCACAAGGACUUAGGUGACCUUGAACAAGCAAAGGAGUAUCAGCAACGUGGUUUAGCCAUCCAACUCAAGAAGCUUGGUGCUGAACAUGUUUCUGUUGCAACAAGCUACGGUAACCUAGCUUCAAUUCACCAGGACUUAGGUGACCUUGAACAAGCAAAGGAGUAUCAGCAACGUGGUUUAGCCAUCUUUCUGAAGAAGCUUGGUGCUGAACAUGUUUCUGUUGCAACAAGCUACGGUAACCUAGCUUUAGUUUACAAGGCCUUAGGUGACCUUGAACAAGCAAAGGAGUAUCAGCAACGUUGUUUAGCCAUCAAACUCAAGAAGCUUGGUGCUGAACAUGUUUCUGUUGCAACAAGCUACGGUAACCUAGCUUUAGUUUACAGGGCCUUAGGUGACCUUGAACAAGCAAAGGAGUAUCAGCAACGUGGUUUAGCCAUCGAACUCAAGAAGCUUGGUGCUGAACAUGUUUCUGUUGCAACAAGCUACGGUAACCUAGCUUUAGUUUACAGGGCCUUAGGUGACCUUGAACAAGCAAAGGAGUAUCAGCAACGUGGUUUAGCCAUCCAACUCAAGAAGCUUGGUGCUGAACAUGUUUCUGUUGCAACAAGCUACGGUAACCUAGCUGCAAUUCACCAGGACUUAGGUGACCUUGAACAAGCAAAGGAAUAUCAGCAACUUGCUUCAGCCAUCCGACUCAAGAAGCUUUUCUAACUGUUGGUGGUCGAACCCUGGAGGGAAAAAAGGUUAGCUAGGUACAGGGAGUGGGAACUGGGGCCCGUUUCUCGAAAGUCCCGGUAACAUUUUUUUUACAUAAAGAAUAGGAGGGCGGGUAUUUGGUAGCAAACUACUCCAUUUUGUUUCAUUAACUGAUAGUUUUAUCAUCAUAUAUGCAAAACUAUUGAAACCUCGAUCUUUAAUGUAAACGGAGACAGCUUACCGAACAGAAAGUCAGGCAACAACUUUUUGUGUGAGCACAUAUACGGCAUUUCCUCCAUAAAACGUGCAACUAGUAAGUUUUAUGUUAUAGUUGUUCAACAUCAAAAGGAAAGAUAUGUACAAAAAAGUGUGCUGCACAAUUAGACCUUUUAAUUUAGUUUUACCGUUUUCGUUGUCGUCGACGUUUAGCAUUAGAGGAUUUUAUUUUUUGUUGGGGUAAAUUAAAAGUAUAUUAACGAGAGUUUCGCUUUUAGUUCUUGCGAAAUCUGUAGAAUGAUUAUAUCCUUACAUGUGGGUUUUCGGAUAAGGUCAUGUCCACAACAACCCGUCUUUGACUCACGCACGUGCAUUUUAGGGUAUUGGUUUUUGGCACUAAGCAAUCAGAAACGUCUAUUUUCCGAUAUGUUUCUGCUCCCGGGCUUUUCUCGGACAUAUGUACUUCAUACUGCGCUUGCGUCAACAGCACCAGCGGUAUUCUCGUGUUUUCCCUGACAACACGGUCUGGCAUGAUAAGCUACGACGUUAGGGCUUUCGAUGGCUUUAGUUUGAAAGCAGGGCCAAAAUGCACAGAUGUAUUCGUUUCAAAUGAAAAGGCAUUGGUGUGGACGAGUUCUCACUGUGGAAUAGUCGAAAAGGCUGCAUGGGAAAGGAGCUUUUGAUGCAUUUGUCAACAAAAAGGGAGAUUUUUCAAGGUCCACUCAUUUGUGUGGAAGCAGCCUGAGGUCCAGAUAAAACAGAGAGAAUUAAGUUUGUUGCUAUAUUCCCAUUUUAUUUCAGUCACUCACACUUAAAAGUUCCAAGAGUGACCAACAUCAAUCUUCUCCUAACGAUAUCUAUACAUUCUCAAGAUCUUAGGUUAUGAGAAUUAACAAUAUAAUCACUUAAGAGAAAAUGUUUCGAUCUUUUAUCACAUUCUUUCAACUAAUUCUUCAAGGAAAUAUGUAGAGAUCAGUUUGGAGAAUUUGUAUGUGGAUAUUAGGGCUUAAUGGGUUAAAUUUAGGCAUACUAGGCCGGGGGGGGGGGACUCCGUAUAUGAAAGGGGUGGGGAUGAUCGUCGUCUCGCUUAGGGUGUUCUGGGCAAAACACUUUUAUAUUUAGCCGUAAAGGUCUCUUUUAGGGUUGCACUCGAAGAAAUAGUAAAACAUCAUGUAUUUUCAAUUCGUUUUAUUUACUCGAUUCAUGUAAUCAAAGUUUAAAAUCAUCGAUUUUAGGGGUCAAAAAAAGGUUGGGCGACGCCCAGAUUUGACUCCUUUAGGGGUUUAAUUCAAAAUUUCAGACGAGCAUUCCCACCCCUUUCAUAUGCGGAGUUCGCCUUCCCCCGGGGAUACUAGGUUUAACCAAUUCAGUGAACAUAAAAAACGCAAAGUACUCUAACAGCGCUGAAAUUUUACGUUUCCACAGAUAUACAAAAAUAGUUAAUUACUCUUUAGAGGAAUCAUUACUAAAUGGAUAGAUAUUAGAUUCAUCACUUUUAUGCAAAAGCAUCUUGUUUCAAUACAAAGUCAAAGGGAUUGCAAAACCCACUUCUAAUUCUAUCGUUUAUUUUUCAAACCAUUUUUGUAUAAGAAUGUAUUUUUAUUUGAAUUGUAUACAUUAUGAUUUAAAAGCAUUACUUUUUAUCAAUUAACAGUCAUGGCAGUAGGUAUAUCGUAUAUCUCAAGGCAAAGUGCAGGCUUCUUUAACUCUUUCACUCCAGAAUGAACGAUGUAAUCCUAUGAGGUUGUUCAAAGUUUUUAGUCUGCGGACCAAAUCCGUUGGUGUGACCAUUCAAAUGAAACCUCUUUGCUUGGCAGCGCUCUUACGUGGUACUAUUUGUUUCUCCGAAUUUAAUAAAAUGAAAGUUGGAAUUUCUGUCCAAUUUAGACUUUGGUCUUUUCUGUGAGUGAAACAGUUAACGAAACCACUAUAGGCGGUGUUAGGAUAACAGAAAAAAAUGUUAGACAAACAUUAAAUUCAAAAUUAAAUAACGCGUUUGUAAAUAAACAAUACGAUAUCACGAAAUGCUUUAGAACGCUACUUUCUUUCAAGUACAAAAGACUGAAAAUAUCCCUUUUACUUAGGAAAAAAUUUAAAUGAACUAUAUGCUUGUCUACUACUACAAAACGGUCCCAGGUCACCAGGCAUGGACCUCGUCUUACACUAUUAAAUCAGCCCAAAGCCCAUUCCUUCCAGGAAAGCUCCCGGAUGAAACGGUUGUCCCCUAGCCUCACUCCGGAUUACUGAGACUGUGUUCUAAGGGAACAAACCAGUGCCUGAUCCGGAUCUUGAGAUAAGGGAGGAGGAAGGGGGACGGUAAUCCAGACGCUGAGAUAAGGGGGCUGCCCGAUCUCCAAUUUUUUUUUUCAGCCCUUCGCGCCUCAGUUUGGUCAUGGGUUCCUGGUUUGGUCUAGAAAUAAGGGGGGGCGGGCCCCCCAGCCCCCUCCCCCCUCCCCUGGAUCCGCCACUGCAAACAAUUAACACCACUAAGACGUAGUGAAAUCAUGUUAAAACGGGACCCAGCUAGUCGUCACCUUUCGAACACGAACAUCUCUUGAAACGCUUCUUCUGUGAGGAAGUCAUCUCUCUAUGAAGGACUGAAAAUAAGCCAAACACCUUUUUAUGAUUGACACCCCUAAGUUAGUUACUUGUUUAAGAUGGCCAAUGUGUAACACAGACACUACUCAAUGGUUGUAACUCGGGGGCUCUUGCUUGUAGUAAGUAAGUCCCCUUAUAGGAACACAGACAGAAGCCCGUAUUGGGCAGUGCGCUCCCUAGGGUACUUACCACCAGACAGUGGCAUGUAAGCCACCUUUUUUAGCGCACCGGAGAAAUGUACUGUUUGAAUCUGAUAAAAAAAGGCGCGAAUAUAAAAAUCGAAGGAUUUGAACGCAGAGAAGGGUAAACGGCAAGCGACAGUUUGUUUAGUCCAUACCGACCGGAAUGAAGGUACGACCUCAAAACGAAGUCCUAAAUGUUCGGUUGGAAUUUCCGAGAAAAUGACCUUAACAUUAACCUUCCAUCCAAACUUUUCGGAAUUUUCGGCUUGGUGGCAAGCGCUUCUGGUAUCCGGCAUCUGCUCAAUACAGGUUUGAGCCAAAAUAUGUAUAUCAUAAGAAUGGGUUUUGGACUUACGAAAUACAGCGCCACUGUUUAAUACUUUCUUAACGAAAGAUCUAGCAAAACAUACAAAUUAGUCUCUAUAUAUUACUAUAAAAGUCUAUUGUUUUUUAAUUUUUGGCUCCUUUGCUUUCAAAUAAGGAUUUCAUGGCUGUUUUAAGUUUGCUGUUGCCCGCUUUUCCUGAAACGGAAUAAACAGAGAAAUAACUUUACUAGGACUGAACGUUACACUUAACCACCGUUUACGUUGUAAACAAUUUUAUCAUUUUUCAAAUUUUGUUGAGUAUAAACCCCCGAUCAGUCAAAAUGACAAAACCGACACGUGGUUUUGUGAUUUUAGCAUAUAGAGUGUUUUCACUCACGUGGCCUGCAUCUAUGCAAAUUUAUUGAAACAAAAGAAAGCGUUUACAUAAGAAAAGAGUUCAACUCGCGCAGGACUGGUUUGGGACACAAACAUGGCUGCCGUUUCAUUGUUUUGGGACACAAAUAUGGCCGCCAUGACGUCAUGUGAAAACACACAAUUACUCAUCUUAAAGAUUUAAACUUGCUUUUAAAGCAGAAUCCUUGUCUAAGAUGUUUACUUUCUGGUAAACGCAAUUGAUUUCCGCAAUACUAAUCCACUGGAUAGCAAGUUAUUCGGUGGAUAAUGUUACACGCCUUGAGCAACCAGGACCUGUACACUGGAAACAACUUGGUUUACCGUCGACCCACGCAACAACCUGAAUUAAAGGAGGAAAUGAGAUUGGUGCGCUAGUUGAAGGAAAGACUAGCUAUUAUUGGGCAAGCAAGAACGGUUCCGUAUUUAAAAGCAUAGGCGUACGGGCCGGGGGGGCGAGGGGGGCUGCAGCCCCCCCAAAUUUUGGGCAACUCAGAUUUUUUGGGCAGCGAGAGAAAAUUUGGGCAAAGCCAGUUUUUAAAGACGUCUCCAUUUUAUUUAAUUAUUUAAAGACCUGAAUAUUAACCUGAAGUCGGCGUAAUAAUCCAGUUACAUUACAGUGGUUGCUUAGCAUGCGAUGAGUAAUUUACAUAUUUGCAGUUUUUUUUUUGGUUGGGCAUUAUACUGCACUGCAGUAGCUGGAAUGGGCUAUUUCCAGUCGAGAAUUGAUUAAAAUAAACUUUCGCAUAACCUUCUAGAAUCAUCUCCACUCGACGAACAGUGUAUGGCAGAUAGCAUUUAGCAAUGGGUAUUGCCCGCAUAGCAAGCGUUUCCGUGCGAGUUCGACUAGAAGCGCUUGCUACGCAGGCUAUAAUGGGUAUGAAAAUGAAGAAGUGGCUGACUAAUUCUCAGUUUGAAUUACGAGAAGAAUCUUAAUUCGUUUAAAAAAUCUAUGUAGCGGUUUAAAAUUAUUCCCUAAUUUGUCAAAGUAGACCGAAAUGUUUACAAAACCGCUAACAAGAGUGUCUCAAUACAUACUGAUCAAAUCCUUCUUUCGAUUCUAGCAAUCAAGCAGAGCUAUCUCCACGAUCUUUCACAUAUGUUUUUAAAAAUAUUAAAACUACUAUGAGGUGAAAUUGCAGGUCAAAAGCGCUUCGUUUUCUACAGAUAACAGCCAAAAAUCAAGAUUUUCCUUUUCUUACCGUAUUUCUAAUAAUAAAAACUUCAUUGCAAAAUAUCUCGAUAACGCUCUUAAGGUUUUGCUUAAACUUCACGAACAUCGAGGCGACCGUAUUGAAGAAAAAAGCUCCUGUGAACAAUUUUGUAAGGUUCCUGUCCCGAGAAUCAUUGCUGAAGUAAAAUAGGUAAUGGAGUCAUUUCGUUGCUAUGACAACUCCGAUGUCAUUGCAACCCUGGUGAUGACAAAUUUUCAUCUUAAUACAACUGGUCGCAAUUUUUCCAAAUGUUUGUUUAUGGCGACGUAGUUUAUGCUCAGACUUGGUAUUGAUCCUGAAAAACUGUAUCGAGCCACCUUCAUAUGCCAGGACGACCUAUGUUGUUGCAAUAUGGCUCUCAUUUCUAUUCGACUCUUUCGUAAAAAUUUGGGCAACUUGCGAGAUGUUUUUGGGCAAAUGGUUUACCGCCCCCCCUGGCAAAAAACUUCCCGUACGCCUAUGUUUAAAAGCGUCUGGAGGAGUAUCAGCAACGUGCUUUAUCGAUUAGACUCGAGUUGAAUAAUAUGUGCCGUUGUCGCUGUCAGAGAGAAUCGCCAUGGGCUUUAGGAAAAAUUGGCUUUGGACAAAAUAAAGAGAACUUAUUAAGGUGGCUCGACCUAUUACUUUUGUAGGUGCACUUUCUGUCUUUGAAUCUCUUACAUUUAACGAAAUUGACCUUUAUUGUAAAAACAUUAUAACACACGUAUUACAUAUAGACUUAACUUUAUUAUGAUAUUUGAGGAUGUUAGCAUCGACAACGAGUACGAGUUCUAGAACGAGAUCAGCGAUUUUGCGUACUGCGCAUCCGUUCUGCGCAUCUCCACGUUUUCAAGUCGUCCUGUCAAGUUGCACUACGACGAGUUCUCACCAAAAACUCGAAGUGGGUAGAACGACUGGGAAGAGCUGGUUUUCAAAGGUAAAUUCCGAUCGUUUAGUGCAGUUUCUUUUCGCUUCUAGCCUCUCUUUAUGAUCUGGAACAUUCCUUAUAUUAUGUUAAAUGUAAAAUACAGCUUUUGAAGUGCAGGAAAAGCAACAGAACGCGAUAUUUCCUACGCAGAGUAAAUUUGCAUUUACCCGGGAAAGUUUCAUGUCUCUCCACAGGCCUCACAGGCUCACAAAAUAACCCCGAAAAUUGCCAUUAUUUGCUCGAAAAUAUCCCAGCAGUCGAAGAUAUCAAUAAAAAAUACUUACUUCUUUAUCGAGUGUGGUUGUUGUGUUGAAUUUGAUGGGUUUUAGCGUGUUUUAAGACCGCGACUAACCAUCCUUCGAGUUACCUCGAAAAAUCGAUUUUCCUUUGAAAACUGGAGGAUGGACCGUCGAACGAUGAACGUUUUUUAGAGUCAUUUUUUGUUUUCGAAAUUGUUGUGGAAGCGCUACCUGGACUCAAAUUUGGCGUCCAGUCAUGCGGAAUCCAAUAAUUUUAUUUUCUGUAAACUCGAACUCGGUGUCAUCGCUAACAUAGAAAGCUGAGAAAACGACUUCGAGUACGAGUACGGCUUGAAGUCGUUCUCGUACUCGUACUCGUUGUUGAUGCUAACAUCCUCUAUUACUUUUUUGCGCGAUCGGGAUAAAUAUCACGUGACAAUGAGAAAUUUCCAUGCAGCAAGCCAGAAUUUACCGUGCCUGGUUGCCCUCUGACGUCUUUUUGAAAUAUGGUACUGCUGUCGAAAGGGAGAAAACAAUAGCGAAUAGAUUACGGAGGGCAAGCAAGCGCGGUAAAUUCUCGCGUGCUGCAUAGGUAUUUAAUGUUUUGCUUAACUCGAGGCAAUAGGACAUCCCAGAGCAAAAAUUUAGCCAGAUCUAUGGUAUCGCUUCAAUAUUCACCCAAUUUUGCGCCCACGUUAGACAACUUCAAAAGUUUUCGAUGGACCGGCAAAAUGCAAGGAUUUGAUAGUACACACUGAUCAAUUGCAGCUCUGAAAUUUUUUAAAGAAAAUCUAUCGACGAAUUUUGGUUUAAACGCUGUUUUUGUGAAAGUAGCCUCAGAAAUUACAAAAAGAGUUCAACAUUGCGUUCGACUGAUUCCAUGUGUUUUCAUGGUUUUUUGAAAUCGCUCGAGUGUAUUUGCCUUUAGCCGGCUGUAGAGUGCAUAAAGGUCAUUUCAAAACGAAUGAGUGAUAAAAACUUUGCGGAAGCAUCCAAAAAGUAGUAAAUUUGUCUGCAUAAAGUCCAGCCUUCAGUUAGUCCCCCUCGCGGCCGUUUUUUGGACAUCCAAAAAAGCGGCUGCGAGGGAGACUAAUUACCCUACUGCCACCCGGAAAAAAAACCUUAGUGGGCUUAUUUUUACAUAAUUUUAAAUACCAGCAGGUAGAGACAAUCCUUUCGGACCGAUUUUUUAUCAACUGCACUUUUCAUUGCAAUGGCUAAAAAUUAAAUGGGACUGCAACACGUCUAAGAUUUAGUUAAGAGUCCUGCAUUUUUGUUUUUGGCGCAUGAUGCCUUGAAACCAGACUGCUUGAGCGAUAAAUCAUCGAAUCAAUGGUCGACUUUAAAUUGAAAGGAGAAUUUCCAACCCUUGAAAACCCAGAAAUGAAUUAUAAUUAACGAGUACCUAACUAACCCGAGUAACUAACCCUCGUAUAUACUGGGAGAAAACAACCUCGCGAUGCAGUGCAAAAUCUAUACCCCGGCCACUAUUACCGAUAGAAUUCAACCAAGCUACAAUCUAAGACAGACGAGAUUAAAAAUUUUUACCGUCCCCCCCCCUUCCCUCCCUCCCAAUCAAUUCCAAGGAUGGUAAAAUGGCGCGUUUUGGCUCUUGCGCGGCUUCAUCCUUGGGGUGGGGUGGGGGUUUGUUGUUCCUUUCGAUUCUGUCCAAGAUUGUACUCAACAUUAUUUGAGAUGGGUUUAUGAGGAGAAAAUACGUGACGGUCAUCAAAUUAGCAUUGACUCAAAGGAAAAGCAGGAUGAUAAAAAUAGGUUGCUUUGACUUUAGACUCUACGGUAGCCUGUGCCAGGCUCUCAGACAGUAUAGUAGGAACGUUUUAAAACGAGCAAAGCGAAAAUAAGACGCGCACGACUUGGGAAAGGGGGCGGUGGCGGCGGGAAAAAUGAGAUGCCUCCCCAGCCCCCGCGCGUUAUUCGCAUUUCUUUUUACUGAACAACUUUCCACCACCAUUUCGGAGCCUGGAACAGGCUAACUCUAAGGCGUGUGUCCAUCUUAAACACUAAACUCAUUAAUCACGAUGACCUUUGCGUGGGCGGUGAGGGAAUAAGUAUGUUAGGGGUCAAUGCGCAUAUUUGACGAAAAUAAAUAACGUGCAAUACUAAAGACGUCACAGCACGGUAAAGUACCGUAGAUUGCUUUCACUUUAAUUUCGACUCGAACUGGCGUGUCCGUCUCUUUUCUCCCUCGGCUGGAAUCUGACGAAUCUCACUGAUUUCAUUCCGGAAUAUAUCAACAGUCUACAGUGUGAAAACCCCCAAGUAAGUGUACAAUUAGUAGAUAAGUAGUCUAUAGCGACGGCCAUUUCAGAAUCGAGCUAUUAACGGUUCUGUAUGUGUAUCGCUUGCCAUAUUCUCAAACAGAAGAUCGUGGGGGUAGGGGGGUUAACAUUUGCUUUCACAUUAGUACUAAAGGAUGGGCCAUUCGGUGUCUGAAUCGUCUCCGACUAAACUGAGACGCCACAAACAUUUAUUCUAAUGUUAAUCAAGAAAUGAUAUCUUGUUCUGCGCCUCGUAUUGUGUGCUUGUCUUGAGGUGCAGAUAAUGUACAACACAGAACUGUUUUGUGAUGUUUUAAAAUAAUACAGUAAGGCACUUAAAAUGCAUCAGGCAAAAAAUGUGACUUUGUGAAGCUGAUACUAACAACAUGGUGGUACUCAUCAAAGAAAAGGGCCCCUUUCUUAAAUCUACUGCAAUUAUUUUGGGAAAAAACACAAAAGCAAUACGGUAACCGAUAAGUCUACGUUUUUCGCGGAAAGCAAGCACAUGACCCCAACACUAUAUAUUAUGGUUCCACAAGUUUCCGCUACUUUUCGAUCAAUGACGCUGAAAACCAAAAACAAAUUUAAAGUUUUCGCUGCGCCUAGGCUCAAUCAGAUCACAAUUCCAUCCCAAAUCGUUUUGUGUAAAUUCCUGCUAAUAAAUUUACGACACCAGCGCCUUAUGUUAUUUUAACCAGAUUGUGCUCAAUGAAUAACCCCCAACCCCAAAAACAAUAUUGUCAAGUCCCAUUAUGGUUCUUGAUAUUGUUCAGUAAAUUAAGUUAAGAAUCAAUUCAUAGUCAUAUGUAUUUUUGUUACAAGACAUGGCUUGCGAAUGCUGUAUUUAGCUAGAAAACUAACCGAUAAUCAAGAGACUCUUAAAACUAUUUACUAUUCACUUUAGCAGCCCUAAUUUGACUAUUGUGAUGUUGUAUGGGGUGACUGCUCCAAAACACGUGCUGACAAAUUGAAAAAGUUGCAAAAUAGAGAACCACGGAUUAUCACUCGGACUGAAUAUACUCUGUCAGAUCAUCAGAUGUACUAAAUUCGUUAGAGUGGUCAAACUUAGAAGAAAAAAGAAAAAGUAUUCAAUAAUAAUUGUCCAACGUACCUUCGGGAGCGGUUUCAUAGAACCUCUGAAAUUCAUGACUAUAAUUUGAGGGGUUCUAACUAUGAUCUCCAACUAUCACUACCUAAAACAAAUUUUCUUAAGCGUUCAUUUUCUUAUCGGGGUGCAAUGGCUUGGAACCAACUGUCAAAUAAAACACGUGAGAUGGGGGAUCUUACUAGCUUUAAACUCGCGAUAUCUUAGGAUCUAACUUUUUAUUAUGUUUUUAUCUUAUUUCUUUAAUACUCAUUUCUUGCUGUUAUAUUGUAUUUCGAAUUAUUAGUAUUUUUUUACUACUAUUAAUAGUCAUGAUUACCAUAUAAACUAGAUAGUCACGUUUAUGACAGUCGAUAGGAACAGAUACAAUUGUCAAUUCUUGUGCUACAUGUAAUUAUUGUUAGUUAAUCACUAGUCUUAAUUUUUAUACCUUGUAAUUAUCACACGGCAUGUCUGAAAACGAGCUUGCUGAGCCAUUUAUCGUGUUUAAAUAAAGUUGAUUGAUUGAUUGAUUUGAUUGAUUGAUAUGCAGGGUUAGAAGAGGGCGAAUAGCGGCGAGUCAAUAUGCAUUCCGCACUUGAGCACUUGAAUACAGUGCUAAUAUAGUAGACAUUAAAUCAUAAAAUGUUUUCUUCUUUUGAAUAAACUUGCAGAUCCGACAUUGAAACACAGAUAAUCUACUCAUUAUAAGGAUUUUGAGGUAAAUACUGUGCUUGUUGCCCGGAGGGGGGGGGCACUCAAGGGAAGUUUGGGUACGGGGGUGCCGCCAAGGCCUUCAAACCCUGACCCUGUUUAAGACAAAAAUGCUUAUUUCGCUACCCUCUUUAAGACAGGAGAAACUACUUUCUGACCCUGAUUUGUUUUGUUUUGUAUACAGACUUAUUGGUAUUGCAAAUGUACACCGCUCAUCGCAAGUCUUCACACUCUUUGAAAGACUUCCAUUCCAAAAAGACACCCUAUUCAAGAGUCACUUAAUAGUGAAAUUGUAUACCCUUUUUAAGACUCAAGACCUUGAAAACCGUACCCUGCCUCAGCGGAACACACCCGUAUAGGCCAAAUAAAGGAGUGCCCCCCCCCCCCGGGGAUUGUUGUCAGCUUUCAAAUCCUACAGGGUCAAAGCGAAACGGAUCAAUGUUUCAGACGUCUGAUGUAUCUUAUUUGCAUGCAAGUUAACACAUUAAAAUCCGUAAAUAGGUGCGCAGAUUGAAGAUAUGUUUACAUUAAAGUCAAUUACGUUUCAGUCGGAUAGCAAUUUGCAAGUCCCUCCUCCGACCCAGAAAGCACCCCAAUGGGCUCAUUUCAAAUUUACAACAUUUUAAAAAUCCUUUCCGUCUUCGCUUAAGUAAGAUUUUAUUGACCAGCAGCUGGAGAAAACCCUCUUUUUCGGACCGGUUUUUUUCGCUAAUUAACAUAACAUGGAAAUGGCUGAAAAUGAGAUUGCAACUUGUCUAAGAUUUAGUUAAGAGUUCUGCAUUUUUGUUUUUGGCGCAUGAUGCGAAACGAUUUCAACCUUUCUUUCUUGAUUUCAUUUAUUUCCUUUGUCCUUCUCUCCAUCCUCCACAGACGAACAGAAAACCUGUUUAAAGAAGUACGUAAAAGAAGACUUUACUCCGUUCUUCAAAUUAAAUCAACUCCUAAACCGUGAUUGCGCCCAAGCUUAUAUUUUGUAUUUGUAUCCUGAUUUUGUAUUUAUUUUGCCAAACAGAUGAAUUACAUGAUUACAAACACAAACAAAUACAAAGUGUAGAAAGUAAUGGCGAGGAAGUCUAAAGGAAACUAUAAAGCUCGUGAUGUUAACUAAGCCUCAAUCACAAUUUUUCGAAGAUGAACUAAAACUUACGGCGACGGAUUCAAUUACUAUCAAAGGAAAUUAAUAAAAGUAACAUUAUGUUAAGGAAGUUUACAGAUGAUGAAUAUUAAACAGUUUUUUAACACGAAUUUCGGCAUGAUUUUAAUCAUCUUGCUGCAAUUCACAUCAGCGCCUAAACCAUAGUCGACUUUCUUAUCAUAUGUCUCUUAAACAAACUUUGAUUCUAUUCUUAAAAUGCAAAAACUAGGGCAAGUUUAAAAGUAAAGCAUUUUACGUCAGCUUCUUUCGCCUUUUCGAGCAACACAUUUUUUACCCUGUUAGCGUAGAUUGAGAAGUUUCUCAAAAUACUCAACCAAGGAACACCUACUAUAUUUGGUAGCUUUACUGAUUGACAUCGAUCGAGUUAGUAACGACAAUUUAGAACAACAGAAGUUAUUUCGCUUAAAUCAUAUUGAGAGAUCCUGUAUUUUUUUCCCUGAUUUAUUUUUCCAAAGGUUCCAAGCCUCGGCGUUUCGUCACACAUGGCCCUUUCAAAGAAAUACACCGAGGAACAGCUAAACUACUUCAGAAUUUGUUAUGUAACUACUGAUAUACUAGCUGAAGGCCUCAGAGAGCUUUUUAAACGUGAGUGGGACAAUCAAUACAGAUCAACACCAUUGGGAGAAUGGAAAGAUGUGGCCCAGAAUGGAACGGACUUUUACAACGGCGAGUCUCCAAGAAAUCAGAGAAGAAAUGCUCAUCUUUUGGCCACUAUGAUAAGUGGAAGCAGAGCGGAAUGGGAUUGCACAAUGCUCUUUUAUGCCAUCCUUUACUCUGAUUGUGUCGGGCCCUACCUUGCCUCAACAGUCAGAAACAAUGUAGAUAACCUUAGAAAUUUUAGGAACGAGGAAUUCGCCCACAUACCACAGGGAAGUUUCCCUGAGAUCGAUUUUCAGAAUGCUAUUAGCAAAGUUCAUGUGGCGUUCCAUGCGCUUGGUCUCUCUACUGUAAAAAUCGAUGAGAUAAAAAAUCAGAAAACUUUCCCAACCGACGAAUUAGAUAACAUUCUGAAAGAGAUUGACGAUCUUAAACAAGAACUUCAAGAAAAAGAGAACCAGCGCCAGGUUCUUGAAGAUCAGCUUCAGAAAGAAGCGCCUUCAUUCUGUAUUCUCCCUCCUAAACCUACACACGAAAUUGAAAGCCGUGAAAGGGAAGUAGCACAAAUAGCCCAUCAGCUAAGCGAACUAAAGAAGGCCAACGAGAACAGGUUGAGUUAUCUGUACAUCUCAGGGAAUCCAGGAAGUGGCAAAUCACAACUAGCUGGCCUCGUCGCUAAAAAAAUCUUUGAUGAAGUAAAAGAAAUACCAGGCACUUCGUCCUUUGUGAUGACCAUAAACGCUGCCAGUCAAAAUUCACUUUUGGAGUCAUAUGCCAAUUUUGCUCGUCAGUUAAAGUGCCCAGACUUUUCAGUGAUACAAACCUUGAGCUCUAAGGAUUGGAACAUUGAGGAGAAGAUUGCCAAUCUCAAGAUGCUUAUUGCAGCAAAAAUUGGGUGUUACACGUCGUGGCUAAUGGUGGUGGACAAUGUGACUAAACUGAAUUUUGUACAUGAUCACCUACCACAGUCUGGAACUGAGACGUGGGCAAAAGGUCAGUUGUUAAUUACAACCCAGGAUACAAAGUCCAUCCCGUUAAAAAGCUCUUUUAUCAAUCACAUUUCAGUAAGCCAAGGAAUGAAUCCUUACGAUGCCACUUCCUUAUUGGCCAAGCUUUCUGGGGUCUUCGACAACGAGCUGGCCGAAAACGUUGCCCAGAAAUUGGACUAUCAGCCACUCGCUUUAGCAGGCGCGGCUGUGUUUGUCAAAGACAUUCGACAGGACAAAGCAUCGAAGCACUUUGGCUGGGACGAAUACCUAAAGAUUUUACAAAAAGGAAAACGAGAAACGACCGAGGAUACCCUUGUUGAUACCAACCCAAUUUAUCCAAAUACGAUGACUACAGCAAUAACUUUAGCUGUCGAAGCACAAGUUAGAUCCGACAAGUUUUUUGAACACCUAUCCAGAUUUCUUUCUCUGUGCGCACCACAACCAUUAAACGUUGACAUAGCAGUUAGUUACCUUAUAAACGUUCUCCACCACGAUGACAAAGAGGACAAGGAACACAUUCGCAGGAGAUUCAGGACAUGUUCACUGCUUCUUUUAAAGGAAGACGAAGAUAGUUGCUUCUACAUUCGUAUACAUCAGGUUGUGCACGACGCAAUGAAAUGGGUGAUGAGUGACUGUACAGAGAAUCAAACGAUCAAGGUCGUAAGUGAAGCUGUUACAUCAUUUAACAAAUUUAUAGCCACAAUUCCACACGAAAGAAGAACAAUGGACACUAUGUACAUCAUUCCGCACAUACGCGCCCUUAUUACGCCAAUUAAUACAGUUAUUACGACAGAAAAUGUGUCUCAAGUUUAUGUUCAGGACAUUUCUGAAAAAUUGUCGAAUCUUGGCAACAUAUGUAAAAUGCACUGUGAAUUUAACGUGGCAGAGAAAUACUUGAAAAGCUCUCUCGCUGUUCGCAUCAGGCUGUUGGGUGAUCAAAAUGUUGAUGUUGCAUCUGGGUACAAUGACUUAGCUUUAGUUUACAAGGCCUUAGGUGACCCUGAACAAGCAAAGGAGUAUCACCAACGUGGUUUAGCCAUCCAACUCAAGAAGCUUGGUGCUGAACAUGUUUCUGUUGCAACAAGCUACGGUAACCUAGCUACAAUUCACCACGACUUAGGUGACCUUGAACAAGCAAAGGAAUAUCAGCAACGUGGUUUAGCCAUCGAACUCAAGAAGCUUGGUGCUGAACAUGUUUCUGUUGCAACAAGCUACGGUAACCUAGCUUCAAUUCACAAGGACUUAGGUGACCUUGAACAAGCAAAGGAGUAUCAGCAACGUGGUUUAGCCAUCCAACUCAAAAAGCUUGGUGCUGAACAUAUUUUUGUUGCAACAAGCUACGGUAACCUAGCUACAAUUCACAAGGCCUUAGGUGACCUUGAACAAGCAAAGGAGUAUCAGCAACGUGGUUUAGCCAUCAAACUCAAGAAGCUUGGUGCUGAACAUGUUUCUGUUGCAACAAGCUACGGUAACCUAGCUUCAAUUCACAAGGACUUAGGUGACCUUGAACAAGCAAAGGAGUAUCAGCAACGUGCUUUAGCCAUCCAACUCAAGAAGCUUGGUGCUGAACAUGUUUCUGUUGCAACAAGCUACGGUAACCUAGCUACAAUUCACAAGGCCUUAGGUGACCUUGAACAAGCAAAGGAGUAUCAGCAACGUGGUUUAGCCAUCUUUCUCAAGAAGCUUGGUGCUGAACAUGUUUCUGUUGCAACAAGCUACGGUAACAUAGCUUUAAUUCACAAGGACUUAGGUGACCUUGAACAAGCAAAGGAGUAUCAGCAACGUGCUUUAGCCAUCCAACUCAAGAAGCUCAGUGCUGAACACGUUUCUGUUGCAACAAGCUACGGUAACCUAGCUUCAAUUCACCACGACUUAGGUGACCUUGAACAAGCAAAGGAAUAUCAGCAACGUGGUUUAGCCAUCGAACUCAAGAAGCUUGGUGCUGAACAUGUUUCUGUUGCAACAAGCUACGGUAACCUAGCUUCAAUUCACAAGGACUUAGGUGACCUUGAACAAGCAAAGGAGUAUCAGCAACGUGGUUUAGCCAUCUUUCUCAAGAAGCUUGGUGCUCAACAUGUUUCUGUUGCAACAAGCUAUGGUAACCUAGCUUCAAUUCACAAGGCCUUAGGUGACCUUGAACAUGCAAAGGAGUAUCAGCAACGUGCUUUAGCGAUCAAACUCAAGAAGCUUGGUGCUGAACAUGUUUCUGUUGCAACAAGCUACGGUCACCUAGCUUCAAUUCACAAGGACUUAGGUGACCUUGAACAAGCAAAGGAGUAUCAGCAACGUGCUUUAGCCAUGAAACUCAAGAAGCUUUUCUAA